AAAGCUGAAGUAAACGCCCACUUUUGGGAAGCGGAAGAUGGGGAUCCUGGGUUUCUUUCCGUGAACUGUAAGCAAUCGUCUGAACUCCAUUUACUUCGGUGGCACAUCUGCAAUAAUCAUGGAUUGCCGUGAACUGUGGAGGCUGCGAGGACAAAAUCCGUGUCGCAGGCGUGUAACGCCAGAUGGAUGGCUGGUCUAAACGUCGAGCCGACAUGUGUUGAUGCGUCUAACUAUGGCACACUGGUAAAGGGUAUCCCUCCCAUCGCGGUGGUAACCAACCGGCGUCUCUGCUGCCAUGGAAGUGGGCAGCCUCCCCGUGGAGCUGUGGAGGGUUAUCUUAGCCUAUCUUCCUCUCCCUGACCUGGGCCGCUGCUGCCAGGUGUGCCGUGCCUGGCGGGAGCUCAUCCUCUCUCUGGAUAACACCCGCUGGAGACAGCUCUGUUUGGGCUGCCCUGAGUGCCGACAUCCCAACUGGCCUAGUCAACCGCAUCUGGAGCCCUCUUCCUGGAGAGAAGCCCUGAAACAACAUGCCCUUGCCACCCGCACUUGGACUCAAAAUGGCCCGGAGCUCCAGUCCUCCGCCUGCCUCCUCUUUUUCCGCCGUCGGAAAGAUCGCAGGGUUUGGCACGUGGGACCUGGAUGUGAGUUUGAGACCCUCCGUGGAGCCCUUGGGGUGGUGGGGCCAUAUGAUCGAGUGGUUCUCCAUCCAGGGGUGUAUGAGGAGCAGGCUGAGGUAGCGCUGAAGGUACCUGUGGAGCUGGUUGGGCUGGGCCGACUGGGCGAGGUGGCCCUUUUGAUGUGCAUAGAGCAGCAGUGCCCUACGGCUAGGCUGUGUAAUCUGGUGUUCAUGCCACCCUGGUUUUCCACUGUUGUCUACAAGACAUCCUGGGGACAUGUCCAACUAGAUAACUGCAACUUUGAGGGAGCUCAGCUGCAAAUCCGUGGGCCAGGAACCUGCCAGGCUCGGUUUUGCUCCUUCUCUCAGGGCAGCUCUGCACACUUGCUGGGAGUUGUCCUGAGUUUAUUUGACAGCUGUGACUUCUCAGGAAGUGACACAGCUUCAGUGACUGUGGAAGGUCCUCCAGUCUCAGAAAGGAAUUGGGCUUGUAAACAUUUGGCAGCUCUGGCUAGGACGUUCCCAUCACAUGGCAUUUCUGAGUAUAAUAGUUCUCCUAAAGGACAUCCAGCUGCCUCCACUGGUGGAUAUCAACCUCCAGGUGCUAAUGUUAAAAAGGAGAACAUAACCAUAGAGGACUGGAAGAGGAAGACAGGGGUAGAUGCAGUAUGUCAGCGUACAGUGAUUGAAGAUGGCUGGAGUGAUGGUGAGCACAGCGAGGGAGAGGAAGAGAAUAGAGAUGAAGGGGGGACCAACCACACCAAAAAGCAUUUAACACUGGAAUACAAAAUCCCAUGUGACCAUCAUGGCCUGUCACAUUUGCUGAACCCCCGGUCAGAUGGCUCUCUGCCACUUUCCUCUUCCCCCGAUCCCCCAUCCAUGAUCCCUGAGCGUCUCACCCUUCAGCAGGAAUUAGACAGAGACCCAGAGGCUCACAUGUUGGCAGCAUCCACACUUGGCUGCAUCCUCAGACGCUGCCUCUUCAGGGACGGGAAGGGCGGUGUACAUCUGUCCAAUUAUGGACAAGCUCGACUGGAAGAGAAUGUUUUUCGUGGGCUGAACUAUGCUGUGCGCUGCAUCCAGAAUGCCACAAUCGUAAUGCUGAGAAACGAGGUCUGUGAGUGCCGUGCGUCAGGUGUGUUUCUGCGCCUCUCUGCUCAGGGCCUCAUAGCAGAAAAUAAUAUCCACUCAAAUGGGGAGGCAGGGCUGGACAUCCGAAAAGGGGCUAACCCAACCAUUGUGUGCAACAAAAUACACAGUGGUUUGCGUUCUGGGGUUGUUGUCCUUGGCAAUGGAAAAGGUUCAAUCCGAAGCAACCAGAUCUACAAUAACAAAGAAGCUGGUGUGUACAUUCUCUUCUGUGGAAAUCCUGUGGUGAGUGGGAAUCACAUCUUCCAGGGCCAGGCUGCAGGGAUUGCUAUAAACGAGAAUGGCAGAGGAAUGAUAACAGAGAAUGUGAUCAGAGAGAACCAAUGGGGGGGUGUGGAUAUCCGCAGAGGUGGUGACCCUAUCUUAAGGAACAACUACAUUUGUUACGGCUAUUCAGAUGGCGUUGUGGUGGGAGAGAGAGGACGUGGACUUAUUGAGGGAAACCAGGUCUUUUGUAACAAAGGCUGUGGUGUGUGGGUUAUGUCGUCCAGCCUUCCACAACUCCUAGGCAACUACAUUGUCCAUAACUUUAUGUAUGGGCUGGCAGUAUUCUGCAGGAAGGACCCAGAGAACAUUGAGAUCAGGGAGGGAAACUGGCCUGGGCAGGAUGGAAUUGGUGGAGAAGGAGGCGGUGUGGACAGGAGGGGAGUAGAAGGAGAGGGACGUGAAGGGCAGGAGAAUUUUAAUGAAGAAGGUGAACUGUUUGCCUGGGAGAGUGAUCUGGACAGCGAGGAUGAGCGCCACUCUGCUCGCCGUUCUAUUAGUGUGGCUCUGGUGGAGAGCAACUGCAUGAGCUACAAUGGAGCAGUUGGUCUGUAUGUGAAGAGCACUGAGGCCCUGAAUGUUUUUGCCAAUCUCAUAAACUGUAACCGUGGCCUUGGCAUCGCCGUGUUGCAAAGCAGUCAGCUGACCCGACUAGCCACGAACUGCAUUCUGGAAAAUGGUCGAGGUGGUGUUGCGGUGGAGAGAGACUGCAGGGUGGAAGUCCGUGGUAAUGGCAUAUAUGAAAACAGUGGCUAUGGUGUCAGUUUCAGUGGUAAUGGGCAGAUUGUGGAGAAUGAUGUUGUUGGAAACCGUGGAUGUGGAAUCCAGGUUUGUGGAAGUGCCGAUAUCAAGUUAGUGCGCAAUCGUAUCCAGCCGGCACAGGGCUGUGGCAUCGCUGUGCUAGGGCCAGUUAAAGGUGUUGUCCAUGACAACAUCUUGUUCCAGGGCCACCCUGACAACAGAAAAGCGUUGCUACAUAUGGAUCCUGGCAAUGAGAGCUGUGUGUUGCGGAACAACAGCAUUCUAAGGAAUAAUGACAGCUAUACAUCUGUUCCCCCCUGGAUUUUGGAGAACCCUCCCCCUCGCCCACUGGCCAGCUCCCCUGCAGGUCUCUCGUCAUCCCAAUAUCCCUCUGGACUUGGAAUUUCCGUGACCACCAGGAUUGGCGCGACUGUGGAAAGCGGUUGCCACAGCGGCAGCAUGUUCUGCUGCAUCCUGUGAAUACCGGCAAGCACUUACAAACCGAUAUGAAGGCCAGGAGGUCAGCAUCUGCUUGUUCCUUAACCGCUGUAUACCGUACACGUGGGGCAGACUUUCAAAAUGGGGCCCUCCUGGGUACCGUUAAACGUCCAAGAAGCUGUAGAUCGCAAGUGAAGCAUUAAAGGAGCCACCGACACUCAUUUAUAUUAAGGUGGAAGAACAUUUUGUAAAUCUGAAAUAAGACUUUUGUAUUUUUAUGAUAAAAAUGCUACUGCACUCAUGAAAACAAGUUUGACUACAACACAUUGUUGCCACCCUACAUCUUCAGCAUCUGUUUGACACUAGAGCUUUACCAAGUUUAUCAUUUUCUUUUAUUGCAGACUUGGUUGGUUUUGUUAGUUUUGCGUAUAGGGACUCGCUGGUUAGGAAGUGCACAUUUCUAAAUCCUAGCAGGAGUCAAAUGCUUCAGAAAUACUGGCUUUGACCGUGGGACAAAGUUGUGCCUUGUUUGUCUAUUUAAGGGAUGACUGUAGCAAGGGAAUGUGUGUUCAUAGUGUGAGGUGUUUAUGCACAAAAAAAAAAAAAAGUCCUAAACCAAAAUUAAGACCAUCUCUCUGUCCUGUUUGUUGGUGAGUCUGUUCUUGCAUCAUGUCGUCUGUGGUUUUUAAAACUUGAUGCACUUCAGCUUUUUGAGACAUCUCAUUAUUUCAGAUCCUGUCAACAUGCUGCACAGAAAACUCUAAUAUCUGCAUAUGAAUAUGCAAAAAAAAAAAAAAAAAAAACUUGGUAGUGUAAGCUUUAUAAUUCCAUUUGUAGUCCACUUGCACUCAAGUUCUACCAGCCAAUCAGGUUUGAGCAGGUUUGGGUUGCAAGGUGGGAAUCUCAAAACCAUCCCAUACAGUCUCACAACAUUUUAGCUUUUUUUUUUUUUUUUUUUUUUUUUUUUAAAUGGCUUAUUUAAUUUAAUUGUGUGAAGAAGGACCAGCAGACAGAAGAGGAAGUCCGUUAUCCAGAUAUCCUGGCUACACCGGAGUCCCACAGAGGCUGACCUAGACUGACUGCACAGCGACAGGCAGCCAUACACACUCAUUUGAUAACAGCCAGUCAGAAAAGGAGAAGAUAUGUAGUGUGCAAUAUGUGAUGUCUACAAAUGUGCCUAUACGUUCUUGCUAGAUGUUCUGCCAUCUAGAAUUUGUUUACAGCUCUUAAGUGUAAUUUUUACAUCUAGAAAUGUAAGCAUCAUAUACGACUUGAAGUUCACUUUAUUUGUCCACAAAAAGCAUUAAUAAACGAGCCUUGUUUGU